UUCACAUUCCACGAAGACCAUCGUCACUUGUAUUUAUCUACUUGUCUUGUGAACAGUGCAGUUUUGGAACUUUUUUUCCCCCCGAAUUUACUUUUGUAGUGGAUACAAGUGCGUACAAAUAUGACUAGCCAAACCCAAGGUAUCCAACAAUUGUUGGCCGCUGAAAAGAAGGCUGCCGAAAAAGUUGCAGAAGCAAGAAAACGCAAGGCAAGAAGAUUGAAGCAAGCCAAGGAUGAAGCUACCGAAGAAAUUGAGAAAUAUCGCCAAGAAAGGGAACGUCAGUUCAAGGAAUUCGAAGCCAAGCACAUGGGUUCCCGCGAAGGUGUAGCUGCCAAAAUCGAUGCUGAUACCCGCGUCAAAUUGGCUGAUAUGGACCGUGCCAUUGGCUCCCGCAAAGAGCCUGUCAUUCGAGAAAUUUUGCAAUAUGUCUACAACAUCAAGCCUGAAAUCCACAAGAACUACCACCACAAGAAGUAAUUUCAAGGUUGAGCCGCAAUGCAAAAUGCCGAAUAUAUAGAAGAAAACAAUGCUAAUCCCAAACAUCAUACUGCUCUAGCUUGUAUUUGUAUUAUUCUAAAUGUGUUCUGAUUAUAAUCAAAUAUUAGCAAAAGCGCCGGCAAAUUAUUAGUGUUGAAAGAAAGAAGAAGAAAAAAUCUUAUGUAUAUUUUUGUUUUCAUUUUAAUUUUAAUUUGUUUUUCUGUCAUUCUUUGAAAUUUGAAGACAUGACUAACUAAAAAAAAAAGAAUUCCAUCGUAUAAAAGCUACAUACUUCCCCCCUAAAAGUUUGGCUUUAAGUUUAAGAAAAGACCCCCAAUCAUUCUUUUUACAAAAAGUGUGUAUUUUCUUUAGUUUCAAUUAAUAUUUAGAUAAAGAAAAAAGUAUGUAUUAUUGUUGUUGUUGUCUUUAAAAAAUAACCAUUAUUAAUAAUAAUAAAAUAUGAAAGAGAAAAAAAACUCAUAAGUAACACACACAAAUCAAUAUUACCAAUUUAAUAGGCGGCUUAUAGGCUUGCAAAACAAGUGAAAUUCACUUAAUACUAUUUUUCUGUGCAUAAUUUUGUGUUAAACAAUCAGAAUGAAAACAAAUUUUUUGUUUCUUCAGUUCAUGUAUUAUAGAUGUCUUAUGUAAUAAAGGUUCUCUGUAAAAACUA